UGGAUGGACAAGACCUUGUAGGCCUGGUGUCUGAGGUGGAAUCUGAAGAAUUAAAGAAAGUCCCUCAUGACCUCCAGACUGUCAAGAUCCAGGAAUUCCUGCAAAGGAAACUCCAGGAAGAACUGGAACAGGAACCAUCUGAGAGUUCACUUCCACAGCCCCUAAAUACCGAAUUUCUUUCAUCAUGUGGAGAAGUUCCACAAUUGCCAAAGGAGCUGACCCUGUGGGACGAUGCAAAGACCUUUCUGGCUUCCCUCGAGCAAGUAGCCAAGGCCUGCCAGUGGACCCAGGAUGAAUGGGUAAGCCGACUGCAGCCGGCCCUCAAUGAGGAAGCCAGGAGGGCCUUUAGUAUCCUGGAGACCAGAGGCAAAGAGGAUUGUGGGAAAGCAAAGGCAGCCAUCUUGCAAGGGGGCACCAUGGAGGAAAAUCACAAGGGCUCAAGAGAGGCUGCCAGCUGGCUCCAUGAACUUUGUCACCAGUGGAUGACGGGUGAGAGGCCCUUGAAGGAGCAGAUCCUGCAGCAGAUGAUCCUGGAACAGUUCCUGAACAGCCUUCCAUUGGAGAUCCAGAGCUGGGUCAGGGAACAUGGACCAGAGACCCUGUCUGGAGCAGUUGUCUUGGCAGAGGAGUUCCUGUUGAGGCAGCGACAGGCCCAGGGAAAGCAGAAAGAGUGUCCAAUUUCCUUUGAGGACGUGGCUGUGUAUUUCACUGAGGCCGAGUGGGCCUUGCUGGAUCCUGGCCAGAGAGCUCUCUACAGGGAAGUCAUGCUGGAGAAUUAUGGGAGUGUGGCCUCUUUGGAAAGGUCUCAGUUCUGCAAACCUGACCUUGUCUCCUGGCUGGAAGAAGAGGAAGAAUUCUUUGUCCCAGGCUCUGAGGAAGGGGUGAUGUCGACAGCAUUUGUUCAGAAGAGUGAGGAUGAACUGCAGGAACUAGGUGAGCUGCCUGUAGAAGGAGUCAAAUGCCUACAGCUGGAAGAGGAUGUUCAGAAUCGAAAUGGAUUAAAGAGGUGCAAAAGAAAGGGAGAAAAAGGAAAACAGAAAGGGAGGAAGAAGUCUGUUGCCUCCUGGGAAGGGACCAUCCACAAAAAACUGGUCCAUCAAAAAAUACAGCAAGAAAAGAAAAGGAAGAAGUGUCCCAUCUGCAAGAAAACAUUCAGCUACGAAUCAAACCUCAAGACGCACGAAAGAAUCCACACGGGAGAGAGACCGUAUCAAUGUUCAGGGUGUUCCAAAAGCUUUUGCUAUCAAAGGAACCUUGUUCAGCAUUUAAGAACACACACAGGUGAGAGACCCUAUAAAUGCUCGGGUUGUAACAAAAGUUUUCGUUAUCAAAGGAACCUUGCUCAGCAUUUUAGAAUCCACACAGGAGAAAAACCAUAUAAAUGUCUCGAGUGUGGAAAGAACUUCAAUCAGAGCUCCAGCCUCACUUCCCAUCAAAGAAUCCACACUGGGGAGAAACCAUAUAAAUGCCUGGAGUGUGGAAAGAGCUUCAGUAGAAGCACAGGGCUCUCUUCCCACCGAAGAAUCCACACGGAAGAGAAACCAUUUAAAUGCUUUGAAUGUGGGAAGAGUUUUGCUGCUAGCACCAACCUGGCUACGCACCAAACGAUCCACACCGGAGAGAAACCAUUCAAAUGUCCAGAGUGUGGGAAAAGCUUCAGACAGAACACAUGCCUCACUUUACACCGGAGAAUUCACACAGGAGAAAAACCUUACGCAUGUUUCGAGUGUGGGAAGAGCUUCAGCCGGAGCACAAAUCUCAUAGCCCACCGGAGAACCCACAGAAAGGAGAGGCCAUUUAAAUGCUUGAACUGUAGCAAGAGUUUUAAAGAUCAUGCCAGCCUUGUUAAACAUAACAUGCUCCACACAGGGGAGAAACCGUAUAAAUGCUUGGAGUGUGACAAGAGCUUCAGUUCAAAAUCAUACCUUGUUACACAUCAAAGAAUCCACACAGGGGAAAAACCCUUUGUGUGCACGGAGUGUGGAAAUAGCUUUCGGCAGAAAGUAAGCCUCAUUUCCCACCAACGAAUGCACACAGGCGAGAAACCUUAUAGCUGUUCUGUAUGUGGGAAGCGCUUCAGUCAGAGUACGCACCUCAAUUCACACAAAAGAAUCCACUCCAGCGAUAGACCAUAUAAUUGCUUGGACUGUAGCAUGACCUUUGGCAAACAGUCAGGGCUUGAUGCACAUCAGAGAAUCCAUGAAGCGAGAAAGCCAUUCAACUGUUUAGAAUGUGGAAUGAGGUUUCGCAAGAACACAGAGCUUAGUUCGCACCGAAGCAUUCACAGCAGGGAGAAAUCCCUCAUAGAGGGGGUCUUCCCCACACCUCUCAAAGAGGCUGUGAUCCACCUUCUCUUGAAGAAACCAUCUUUAGACCCGACCAAUUUGGCCAACUAUCGGCUGGUGUCAAACCUGCCCUUUUUGGGAGCUUACCCAAGAAUGAAAAUGGAGUCGCAAGAAACUUCCCAUUGGGAGGUAUCAGCCAGAGCAGGGAAAGUGGUUCGUGUCCCGCAGGGUCACAAACCCAGGAUGGACCAGGGCGGAGGAAGUAAACCUGCUGGUGAAAUGCCUCCGAAAAGUACCACAGGAUCCCUUAGUAGGGCGAUUCUGUAUCGGGUGAAGGAGGAACCAGAGGAAGGGUUGCCCUUGCGCUGGGAAGCCCAGUGGCAAGAGUUCCUGAGGACUGUGGAGCACCCUCAUUUGGUGUCGGGGGUUCCACCACUGGCAGAGCAGCCUGCUGCCCCAUGGGAUGAUGCCAAGGCCUUCCUGGCCUCCUUUGAGCAAGUGGCGGAAGCUUGCCAUUGGCCCAAGGAUGAGUGGGUGGCCCAGCUCCUGCCAGCCCUCAGUGGAGAAGCCAAGCAGGUCUUCGGCAAGCUGGAAGCCAGAGACAGAGAGGACUAUGGGAAGGUGAAGGUGGCCAUUUUGCAAGGGGACUCCAUGAGGAGAGAGAGGAUGCGUCAGCAUUUCAGGCGCUUCUGCUACCAGGAGACAGAUGGCCCUAGAGGGGCUUACAGCCGCCUCCAAGAAUUUUGCCAUGGGUGGCUGAGAGCGGAGAAACACUCCAAGGAGCAGAUCCUGGAGGUUGUAAUCCUGGAGCAAUUCCUCAGCAUCCUUCCACCAGAGGUCCAGAGCUGGGUGAGAGAACAUGGCCCCGAGACCUGCUCACAAGCAGUGGCCCUGGCUGAGGACUUCAUGCAGAGGCAGCAAGAUGCCCAGGGACAAGAAGACCAGACGGUGCUGGAAGAAGCGGCUGUGGCUUUCUCCAAGACAAGCCAGACUUCAGAGUGUCGGUUGGCCAGAGAAACCAAGGAGGAAGAUGACGGGGCUCGUAACGCGUCAGCCCAAGAGUGGAUUACCAUAGAGGACACCAUCGAUCAAGAAGGCCCAGGAGGGUCAGAAGCGGCAAAACCUCAUGGAAUGUCAUUGUGGAAAGUAGAAGAUGACAGCUGUUGUUGGCAGCAAGAUGCCUCGGGAAGUCAGGAAAGACUGCGUUGUCAGCAGGAGGCCAUCCCAGUAGAAGAAGUGGAGGAAUCCAUUCCCUGCUGGGGUCAUAACCUGGAUCCCCCUGAGAUCAUAGUCCGGACAGGGAUUGAUUCUGCAGGUGAUGUCUGGAAGAGUGAGAAUAAGGGAGAAGUGCCUGGGAGACGGUUGGAAAAAGUCAACCACAAAGCAUCCAAGGAGAACCUUUGGAACCGAGGCAGACCCAAGAGGCAGGAGGAGAGCCAUACAGAACAGAGGAGGGAUCCAUCCAGUCCUUGCCAGGGGGAGGAUUUGAAUGAGAUUCCUGGUUGGCUGGAUCCAUCAACUGAAAAGGGGAGGAGCAAGUAUCUCAGCCUCCAUUGGAGAAUCGACGUGGGUGAGCCACCCUCUCGAAGCUUUGAGUUUGAGGACGGCUUCACUGAGACCGGGAACCUUCUCGAGUGCCAAGCGGAGCUGAAGCCGUACCACUGCCCCGAGUGCGGGAAGACCUUCAGCCGGAGCACAAACCUAACCUCACACCUGCGGAUCCACACAGGGGAGAAGCCUUACGGCUGCUCGGACCCGGUCUGCAGCAAGCGGUUUUGCAGCCAAUCGGAUCUGAUCAAGCACAAGAGAAUCCACAAAGGGGAGAAACCGUACCAAUGCGCCCAGUGUGGGAAGAGCUUCAGUCAGGGCUCUCACCUUAUUUCUCAUCAGAGGAUCCACACCGGAGAGAAGCCCUACAAGUGCCUGGAGUGCGGGAAGGCCUUCAGCAAGAACACAAACUUGACGUCGCACCAGAGAAUCCACACCGGGGAGAAGCCGUACACAUGCCCGGAAUGUGGGAAGAGCUUCACUUGGAGUUCAAACCUGACAUCUCAUCGGAGAAUCCACACAGGGGAGAGACUCUUCAAAUGCUUGAGCUGCGGCAAGAGCUUCUGCAACCACUCGACCCUGAUUAAGCACACGAGGAUCCACACUGGGGAGAAACCCUACAAAUGUUUUCUGUGUGGGAAGGGCUUCAGCCAGAGCUCUAGCCUCAUUUCCCACAAGCGAACUCACACAGGGGAAAAACCCUACAACUGCACCGAGUGUGGGAAGAGCUUCAUCAGUAGCACCACCCUUAUUUCACACCAAAGAAUCCACACAGGAGAGAAGCCAUACACCUGCUUGGAGUGUGGGAAGAGCUUUCAUGAAAGCGCCAUGCUCAUUUCUCACAAGAGAAUCCAUACAGGGGAGAGGCCAUAUAAAUGCUCAGAAUGCAACACCAGCUUCCUUCAGAACUCCAGCCUGAUGUUGCAUCAAAGAAUCCACACAGGGGAGAAGCCGUACAGGUGCCUGGAGUGCGGGAAGAGCUUUUGUCAGAGCUCCCACCUCGUUCAGCAUCGGAGAACUCACACGACAGAGAGGCCGUACAGUUGCUCGGGCUGUAACAAGAGCUUUGGUCACAAAUCGAGCCUUAAUAAGCACGAGAGGAUCCACACGGGAGAAAAGCCCUACACGUGCCUGGAGUGUGGGAAGAGCUUCUGUCAGAGCACACACUUGGCAUCCCACCAAAGAAUCCACACAGGGGAGAAACCAUAUCAAUGUUCACACUGCAGCAAAACCUUUGGUAACCAAUCUGGCCUUAUUAAACACCAACGAAUCCACACAGGGCAGAAACCAUAUACAUGCUCAGUGUGUGGGAAGAGUUUCAGCCAGAGCACACACCUUAUUAGACACAACCGAAUCCAUGCUGGGGGGAUCUUUCCACCAGAAACUCCUCAUACAGUUAGGUCCUUCUCUGGGGCCCUAUUCUAA